AUCGUUUGGGGCGAAAGGAUGGAGAACAAAUGUGGCUACUUGUUCAUCUGGCUGUUGGUGGUCGGAGUGUGUGCGGUGUUUCUGGUUCGACAUACGACCUACCCGAAUGCGGUGCUUCCUUCCGUGGGCAAGUUCAUGGCAGGACCACAGUUGCUACAGGCUGUGCGUGAAGUGAAAGAUCGACCAACACCUUUACGGCUGGCAGAGUUUCACGAUGGUGCCGAGUGUGAUCGUAUCUGUCCGGAGCAGGAAGCACCGCGGGUGUGUUACUUCCGCUGGAUCGCAGAACACUACGCAGCGAUGGGAUCCGCUUGUGGUGACUGUCGUUGGGGCAAUCGGAGUCACUGCUUUCAUCCGCAGUGCAUCACGGCGGACGGUAUGGAGCGGGGAGUGUUGGCCCUUAACCGACGCAUCCCCGGACCGUCCAUACACGUCUGCCGGCACGACAUGGUAGUGGUGGACGUCAUCAAUCAUAUGGAAGGGCUGGAAACAACGAUUCACUGGCACGGAGCUCAUCAGUACGAUACGCCGUGGAUGGAUGGGGUACCGAUGAUCACCCAGUGCCCCAUCCCGCACGGUACCGGGUUUCGGUACGCGUUUAACGCAUCGGAACCGGGCACACAGUUCUAUCACUCACAUUCCGGCCAUCAAAAGGCGAACGGACACUAUGGACUGUUUGUGGUUCGAUCGCCUACCGACAUUAAUCGCCAUCUGUACGAUUACGAUCUGAGCGAACAUCACAUUGUGAUCUCGGACUGGACGCUCGAUUUGGUGGAGAAGUUUGUGCCGGGACUGCAGAGCAGUACGGUGCGGAUGGACUCAAUCCUCAUUAACGGCCGUGGAAGGCAUUUUGAUGAAGAGGAACACGAACUUCAAGUGCAAGCACCGUUGACGGUGUACCGGGUGAAGAAGGGGUUUCGGUAUCGCUUCCGGUUGAUUAGCAGUGGCAGCCAGUUCUGUCCUUUCCAGUUGCAGAUUGAAAACCAUCGAAUGCAGCUAAUUGCGACGGAUGGAGGCGCCGUCCAACCGACCAUGGUCGAUACGCUCAUCUCCACCUCGGGCGAACGGUACGACUUUGUUCUGUCGGCAAAUCAGAAACCAGGUAACUACUGGGUGCGGGUCCGUGCCAUCGGCUUCUGUAACGUCGAGCGCAGGGAAGAGUUUGCCGUCCUGUCCUACACCGAUGAGGUGGAACCGGUACCGGAAGAGGAACUAGCCUACCCGAAGCACACGCCACCCACCUGGGACGAACGAUUCCCGACGGGCACGGUGCUCAACAACCCGAACGCCACGUGCUACGUACCGGACGAUGGCGAUCUGUGCGUGGCCGAUCUGGAAUCGCACGAGGCCUACCGGGACGAUGCACUGAUCGAUGCGGCCCCGGACAAAACGUUCCGCAUCCUGUUCAACACGUUCACCGCCGACCCGUCCAUCCUUUUCUCCGACCAGGGUUACGUCCGGUACAUGACCGUGGUACUCACGCUCAACAACAUUGGCGUCACGAACAACAUCAGCAUGGUGUUCCCGGACUUUCCGCUGCUCACGCAACCGGAACUGAUUGGCGGCGACGGGAUGUUCUGCAACAACACGCACCGGCCGGAGCGCUGCAAACCGCGCCACGCCUGCUUCUGUCUGCACCGGCUGAAGGUGGCCCUCAAUGACGUGGUCGAGAUGUCGCUGAUCGACGACGCGGAAGUGGUUCGCGAUCUGUACCAUCCGUUUCAUCUGCACGGCCACCGGUUCAUCGUGACCGGGAUGGGGCAACUGCCCGAGUUCCGGACACAGAGCGAAAAGGUGGACUUUGUCGAGCGGAGUCGCCGGUACGCGCGCACAAUGCCCAGCGACCAUAACCCACCGUACAAGGACACCGUAUCCGUACCAUCUCGCGGCUACACUCGCAUACGCUUCCGGGCGGACAAUCCGGGAUUUUGGUUGGUACACUGUCACUUCGAAUGGCAUCUCGGCAUCGGGAUGAGCUUUGUGUUGCAGGUCGGUGAGGUGGACCAGAUGAAAAAAGCCCCGAGAGACUUUCCUCGGUGCGGCAGUUACAAACCGGACAUCUACUCCCAGCUCUAGGUGGGUUUGUUCUUGGGGGAAUGCAGAGGUGCAACGCAAGCCAGGGCCACCCUUCGUGGAAAUCAUAGAUACGUUCAGAUUGGCAUGCGGCUCGAUGCUCUCUCUCUCUCUCUCUCUCUCUCUCGCUACUAGGCUACAAGCUAGCUACGCGUCCAUGCAUCAGUGAACAGGGUUAAACGCAAAUAGCAAUCUAAAAUUAUGCGAUCUAGCGAAAGAGAUUGGACGUAUGAUAGUAAAUUUAGCGGGCUUAAAUUAGAGUUUUAUUCUAAAGCAGGACAAGAUUACUGAAUGCAAACCGAGUGACCGAGCUGAAUGUAUUAUUACAGUAGCAAAGUAUGUAGAAUUGAUCGUUUCUUUUUAGUAGCAAAUAGCCCGUUCCAGUCAUUCCACUCGUUUUACAUGUGUAUUGUCACCCUAGCUGAAUUCGACAGCAUAACACAAUGUGUAUUAACUUUACUGGAGGUUUAGCUCCAUAAUUUAAGGAAACUCCUUAUGUAAAUAAAGUUAUUGCUGAUAGGAUUAUACCGCAAUAAAAUAAAUCUUUGAGGAAAGACGUUACUUACUUACU